AUCUAAGCUGCAGUUGAUUGUACCUAAAAGUAAAGUGUCAGAAGUAUUGCGUCAGUUGCAUGACGGUACAUCAGGUGGACACUUUGGUAUUACGAAGACUCUGCAAAAGGUUCGAGAACGGUUCUAUUGGGUGAACUGUGUGCAUCCGGUAAUGGUCCAGUUGGUAAAAAGAGAGCACCCAUGAGACAGUACAAUGUUUGAAGUCCUAUGGAAAGAGUAGCAAUUGACAUUGCAGGUCCAUUUCCAGAAACCGAUGCUGGAAAUAAAAUACAUUCUGGUAGCCAUGGACUAUUUUACGAAAUGGACCGAGGCCUAUGCAUUACCGAAUCAAGAAGCUGCUACCGUUGCAGAGGUACUUGUUAAAGAAUUCUUCAGCCGAUUUGGUGUUCCCUUGGAGAUCCACUCCGACCAAGGGCGAAACUUUGAGUCAGCUCUUUUCCAAAACGUUUGUAAAUUGAUUGGUGCCAAUAAGACCAGAACAACACCCCUGCAUCCUCAAUCAGAUGGAAUGGUCGAGAGGAUGAACCGAAAGAUGGGUAAACACUUGUCCAAAGUUGUAUCUGAACAUCAGCGAGAUUGGGACCAACACAUUCAUUUAUUCCUGAUGGCCUACCGCUCGGCCGUGAAUGAAACUACAGGUCACACACCAACCUGCCUGAUGUUGGGUCGUGAAGUUCGUUUGCCCUGCGACCUAGAGUUUGGCUGCAGACCUUCCGAGGAAUAUGUUGCAGGCGAAGAAUACGUAGACCGCCUGAAGUUACGAAUGAAAAACAUUCAUGAACUUGCCCGACAACACAUCCAGAUAGCCAGUGACAGAAUGAAAGAUCAAUAUGAUUCUCGCUGCAAGAAUGAAACCUUCGAAGUAGGUGAUCUUGUCUGGCUUUAUAAUCCACAACGUCGUCGAGGCCUGUGUCCUAAACUGCAAAGACAAUGGGAAGGUCCGUAUGAAGUUAAGAAGAAAAUAAAUGACGUAAUAUACAGAAUUAAGAAGUUACCAAACGGUAAACCAAAAGUUAUUCACAUAAAUCGUCUUGCACCAUAUGCUGGCUCAAAUGAAACAGAGGAAGCCCGAGUCCUCCAACAGGAGAUGAAAGAUGCACCACAGCCAAGUUUUAAGGAAUUUAUGUCAAAUUACGCAGAAAGAAAGAGUGCUAGAUUCGGCGUGACCACAGAAGUUCAGCAAGAUCUGUUUGGUGUUCCAGAAAACGUCUCUCUAGCCCACUGUGUUGCCCAAGACCUCGAGAUGACUAAAUGAAUCUUGUCCGUAUUCAAUAGAAAGUUCGGCCGCCUGGACGAGUUAAGGAAUCAAUAACCUAAAAUUGGAAGAGUAUUGCGAUUGGAAGAUGGUCCUCGAUCUUUGCUGUAUAUGGUGACCAGGAAGUCUUAUACGGACACGCCAAGCUACGAGAACAUAUGGCGUGCUCUAACUAAUUUGAAGAAAAUCGUGUGUAAUUAUGACAUCAAAGAUUUGGCUUUACCAAAAAUAGGCCAUGCAGUAGAAAAUCUGGAUUGGAAGAUUGUGAGAAGCAUGCUUGA